UUUAUUGGGAAAAUGUUUGAUGAGAUUUCAGAAGGAGCUGAAAGAAAUGCAAAUUGAAGAAGAUCAGUGGUGGAGAAGAGUCUCUUAGAUGAUCAAGAGGUUCUUGGGAAUCAGAGCUUUAUUGGAUUGCUUCAAGCAAUGACAGAGUUAGCUAAAAGAGCUAUCCCUGCUUUCUUUGGAACUGUUUUCAAGCAUCUUAUUGAUAUCUCAAAUAUCUUCUUUGCUGGUAAAAUUGCAAGCUUUUCAGUUGACCAAGAGAUCUACAACGCGUCAGAUAUAAUUGCUGGAGUUGGUCUGGGGAUCCUCUGUUAUAACGUGUUUAUUUUCUCAGUAUCUUGGGGAUUGUCAAUCACUAUCGACACACUGACAUCACAAGCAUUUGGAAGCCAGAAAUAUCAUCUCUGUGGUUACUAUUUGAACAGAUACAGAGUGGUGUCUACUGUGCUCUUCUUGUUCCAAUGCAUUCUAUUGCUAAACAUUGGAGAUAUUUUAAUUCUGAUUGGACAAGCUGAGAUUCCAUGAAGAGUAUGCCAAAUAUUUAUAAAGUACCAGCUAAUUGGCCUUUUCUGAUCAGUUCAGUUUGAAGGCUUAAGAAGAUAUUUAAUAGCCCAAGGAGUUUAUAACAUGAUAGUUUAUAUUCAAUGUAUGUGCUUCUUCCUUCAUAUAGGAAUGAUUUCGACAAUUUGUUAUAGUUUCGGAUUGGAAGUCGAGUCUCUUUCUUACAUAAACUUGCUAACAAAUAUUAUCAGUUUGGUUCUCUUGACUCUGUUUUGAAUGAAAACAUCACAGAUCCCAAGAGAAGGAUGGCAUUAUGAAUUAGGCUCAUUCGAAGGCUUGGCUCAGUUCAUAAGCCUAGCUAUCCCUUCCACGAUGAUGAGAUGCAUGGAAUAUUGGGUGUCAGAAAUUAUAAUGAUUUUCACAGGAUGGUGUGGUGCCAAAGACCAAGCAGCUGCAAUUAUUAUUUUCAAUGUAUUUUUAGCGAUGUACAGACUCAUCUCAGGGAUCUCCAUGGCUACCUCAAAUCUUGUGGGCAACUGUUUAGGAAAUAACGAUGCUAAAAAUGCAAAACAAUAUGCAUUGGCAUCUCUCUGAGUGGCCUUUGUACCUAUAAUUCUCUGAAUUAACUUCUUAUUUUUCUGUAGAUACCAAAUAAUGAGUUUUUCGGAUGAUCAAGAAGUAAUUGAAAAAGGAGUUUCUCUGAUGAUAUUUUUCAUUUUAAUCUGUCCAUUUGACUUCAUACAGGGAUCACUAUCUGGAGUGUUCACAGGAAUGGGAUACCAGAAAUAUGGAAGUAUGAUAAAUAUCCUCUCAUAUUUUCUGUUCCUCAUCCCUCUAGCAUAUGUCCUAGGAUUUGUCUAUGGAUAUGGAACUACAGGAAUCUUUUUAGCCUGGGUCUUAGGAUUCCUAGUCUGUUCUAUCCUGGUGACCGCUACUGUAUUCUUGACUGACUGGGAUCAUCUUACAAAGAAAAUCCAAGAAAGAUUGACUACUACCAUUUAAUAAGAUUUUUGAUAUUUCAGGGUCUAA